UUUAAAACUCUCUGAGGUGGGCGUUCUUGUUUUGUGUUGUGUUUACAAUGUGGAAUACAGUUGUGUGAGGACUGUAAUAUGUCUUCCAAUGUUACCUUCUUUGAAUUAGUACAAUUUGUAUCAAUAUAUUCCAGGAGCGGAAAAGUGUUAGAACUUUGUCAUAGCAGUUAUAGUAGUUAUUUGUGCUGCUAGCAAUUCGAUGACAUUGCCACAUGUCAAAAUGGCUCAUUUGUCACUUUCGCUGCCGUGUGUCAACUAUAGUACAGCAUAAUACAACGGCCGGGAGCACAAUAACACCAUGGAUCGAAUGGGAAAAAAAGAUUUAGUGAGCAUUGUGGAGAAACAAAAGCAACAGAUAGCAAGAUAUGAGACUAAAUUAAGAGACCUUGUUAUUGCAUAUAAGGGGCUGUCAAAAGAAAAGGAGGCCCUGGAAGCCAGUCUCAAAGCAAUUAGUGGGUCAAAGUCAUCAACUCAUCCUCCAACUGACGAAAAUUCCAUACCUGAGAAAGAUGAUGCCAGUACAUCUGGUGCAUCAGAGAAGGCUGAGAACAGUAAAAGUGCGGAAGAUGUGGAAUCUGUGGAGCAACUUAAAGUACAACUCCAGACUCUGACAGACUCAUUAGCUACUUUGUCAGCUGAAAAAUCUCGCAUGGAAGCAAGAUUUCAAGCGGACAAGAAGCAACUCCGCCAUGAGAGAGAUGAGCGAGACAAGGUUAUCAAAGGCCUGGAAGAAAAGGUGCAGAACCUAACAAAACAACACCUAUUUGAGAUGGAGUGUGUGAAAUCCAGACUAAUUGUUGAAAGACAUGAGAGAGACAAAGAAAGAAAUGACCACGCUGUUAUGAUGAGGGAGUUGCAGAUGUUGUUAUCUGAAGAAAGAAGAACGAAAGAACAGCUGGAAAAUCAAGUCGAAGAACUAAAAAGUAAAUCAGUUGUUUCAGAACUAAAUGUAAAUCAAAAGGAACUAUUCGAAAAAAGAAUUAGAGAACUACAGAAUGAACUUGAGUCAGUAAGGAAAAAACUGAAAAAGGCAGAAGGUAAAGCCAAAGAAACUCCACCUGCAUUGCUGGAAUUACAGGAAGAAAUGGCAAACAUGAAAACUCAACACCAGAUUGCAAUUUUACAGGAACAGAAAAAGGCUGCUGAUGCUGAGGAACAAGCAAAGCAUAUGGCUGCUAUGCACGAAGAACGUGUGGCUAGCUUAGAAGCUCGGCUUGCUGAGUUGUCAUCAGCAGUUGGCAUGUAUGACCGCCAGCUUCAGCAGGACCAAGUUGCUAUACAAAAACUCAAGGAUCAGUUAUUGCAACUUAACUUAGAUCCAACAAUAAGUACAGUGCCCGAAGAUAACAAAAGUGUUGCAAACCCAACAGAGAUGAAAAUGAAGAUGGAAAUGGGAGGAACAGAUGAUAUUCAGUCAAUUAUAGAUAAAAUAUUUUAUCUGAAAGGCUUGUUGGAAGAAGCCAGCAAACAUGCAGAGAAAACAGUUGAUUUUCCAGUGCUGUGGAACCAUGUCUCUGGCUUUCCUAUUGAUACUGUAGCUCAGCACAGAGCCUGCAAAGAUGAAUACAACUUACUGAAGCAAGAAUUUGAGUUAUAUAAACAACAGAAUCAACGACAGGUGCCAGCUAAUCUGCGAAAUGAAGAUACAGAACUGGAGAUAAGCAGUCUUAAAGGUCAAAUAAAAAGUUUAAAGGAGAGGAUUCGUAUAUUGACUACACAGCUUGAAGAUGUGGAAAAAGAAUACAAAGAAGAAAUUGACCAUCUUGAAAAGCUUUUGAAAGCUGAAAGGGCAAACUGCAAGGCAGCAGUUGCAUCUUGUGAAGCAGAAUUUCGAGCUCGUCUGUCCUUAUUAGAGCAACAAUUACAGAAACAGAGAGAAAGGACUUUAGCUUUGUUGGAGGAGAAGGACCAAGAGAUACAAGUUUUGAAAUCCAGUUUUCAAUCAUUGUUGCCUAGGAAGACAUCAUCACGUGAUGAUAGAAGUUGGACUCUGCCUCAUAGUGAUCAGGUCCAGGAUGCAGAAACCGUUCUGGCAAAUUUGGGGAACACCAGUGACAGCCCACAUGUACUACACUAUGCCCACGAAUUGGCUCGGCGUGAUGUGGAGAUUUCAUCACUGCGGAGGGAACGCCAUCAGUUGGAAGCGGCACUCCGUGAACUCAGGAGACUCUCUGCCACUGAUCGUGAAAAACAUGCAGAUGAGGUACAGAGCCUACAGGAGGAAAUUGAUAGAUUAAAUCGUUGUCAGUCCAGAGAAGGAGCAAACUUGGAGUAUCUGAAGAAUGUUGUUCUCUGUUUUCUUACGACGAAUGAGUCCAAUUCCAAGAAACACAUGCUAAAUGCUAUUGCAGCAGUGCUCAAAUUUAGCGAUUUAGAACAAGAGAAACUUAACCGAAUCCAUAAACAUCUAUGACUCAUGUGGAGCAUGUUAAAGUACACAACGAAGCCUCUACUAACAUCGUAGUUGGUGAAGUAAUAGAAACACUGUCUGUAGUGGUUGACUUUUGAGGUAACUUAGUGAAUCGACUGUGUCUGUGAUCCUGAAGUAUUAUGAAAUUAGAGUUUAUCUGGACAUAUAGUAUUUCCUAUGUGUGUUGAUUCCAGUGGAUAUAUUAUGCAUGGUACCAGUAAGAUAUUUUAUCCCUGUACGCCCCCCCCCCCCUCUCUCUCUCUCUC